AUGCCUACGUCUGCUCGGCCUGAUGGCAUCAGUGAUAGCUGUAGUGCAUUUAGGUCUGUUGAUGAUGAGAGAUUUUCAGCGGUGGGUUGCAGCUUUGCGCCUGUGCCCGCGCCGUCACCUCAACCGCAGAGUGAAAGUGACUCGGACCUGUGUGAAGUCUCUCCGUCAGUGGAGGAACGCAGGGGCGUUCACCACGGGGGUCCCGCUGGGGACGGUGACGUCCAGGGUUACCAUGACAACGGACGCUUCCCUGUCAGGGUGGGGAGCAACGAUGUCAGGCAGAGCGGUGAAUGGCUCCUGGGGUCCAGAAAUGGCCCAGAUUCACAUAAAUGUUUUGGAGCUCUGGGCAGUGUUUCUAGCGCUGAAACACUUCCUGCAAUUUCUCCGAGGCCGUCAUGUUCUGGUGAAAACAGACAACUCCACUGUGGUAGCCUAUGUCAACCGUCAGGGAGGCACUCGCUCACUACGGUUACACAAGUUGGCUCGGGAGAUGAUACUGUGGAGCAGCACCAGGCUCCUCUCACUCAGGGCGACACAUGUGCCGGGAGUUCUGAACAGAGGGGCGGACUUGAUGUCUCGUGGGAAUCCUCUGUACGGGGAAUGGUCUCUGCACCCGCAGGUUGUGGACCAGAUUUGGAAGAGAUACGGCCGAGCCGCCGUAGAUCUCUUCGCCUCGCAGGAAAACGCCCGCUGUCCGCUGUUUUUCUCCCUGUCGGACAUCACUGCACCUCUCGGUGUGGAUGCUCUGGCUCACCCGUGGCCAAACGUGCUGCUCUACGCAUUCCCUCCCCUCAGUCUGAUUUCCCCCACCCUGGCCAGGGUGAGGGAGCAGAAUCUGUCUCUCAUACUGGUGGCGCCAAGAUGGCCGUCCAAACACUGGGUGGCGGAAAUAGUUCAGAUGUUGGCGGGCGACCCCUGGCCUCUGCCCAUACGCAGAGACCUCCUGUCCCAGGCACGCGGGGAGAUUUACCACCCCCACCCAGACCGCGUGGCGCUCUGGGCCUGGCCCGUGAGAGGUUUAAUUUGGACGCAGCAGGACUGCCUCCGCAGGUUAUAGACACCAUUCAGAGUGCAAGGGCUUCCUCCACCCGUGCUUUGUACGGCUGUAAAUGGCGGGUUUUCGAGGAAUGGUGUGAGUCUAAACUCACAGUCCCUUUUCAGUGUUCAGUUGUGGACCUGUUGUGUUUUCUACAGGAGCUGGUGGAUAAAGGAAGAGCUUUUUCCACGGUAAAAGUGUACCUCGCUGCCAUCUCAGCAUGUCACGUGGGUUUUGGUGAUAAACCGGUGGGACAGCACCCCCUGGUUUGUCGCUUUAUGAAAGGUGCACGUCGAAAGCUCCCAGUUUCUAGGCACCUGGUUCCACUGUGGGACCUUCUGGUGGUGCUGGAUGCCCUUUCUCAGCAUCCCUUUGAGCCUUUGGAGGCUGUGGGGAUGAAGUUUGUGUCUCUGAAAACGGUUCUGCUUUUGGCUUUGUCUACGGCGAAGCGCGUGAGCGACCUUCAGGCGUUGUCUAUCCGCCCUUCCUGUCUACAGUUCGGUCCGGGACUCUCCAAGGUUUGCUUGCGGCCCAAUCCGGCUUUUGUGCCUAAGGUGGUGGAGUCGGCUUACAGGUGUCCCACAGUAGAGUUGCUGGCUUUUCACCCGCCUCCAUUCUCCUCGACGGAGGAGCAGAGGCUUAACACUUUGUGUCCGGUGAGGGCUCUGCAGUCCUACGUGAGUAGGACGGCAGAUUUCAGGCGUACUGACCAGCUGUUUGUUUCCUGGUCCACUACCCAUAAGGGCAAGCCAUUGUCCCGCCAGAGGCUGUCUCACUGGAUUGUGGAGGCCAUUUCUGUGGCGUACAGUUGCAAAGGUUUGCUGCCGCCCCAGGGUUUGCGUGCUCAUUCCACCAGGAGUAUAGCUGCUUCCUGGGCUCUGUUUAGAGGGGUGUCUGUUCAGGAUAUUUGUGCUGCGGCGAGCUGGGCUACGCCUCACACCUUUGUCAAGUUUUACAGGCUAGAUGUCUCUGGUCCUUCUUUGGCCCAAGUGGUGCUCGGUGCCGGUGCUCCGGGGUUGGAGUGAUGUUGUCACUCAACCUUUUGUGGUAGUUAGGCUUCGGGAGUCAUAUGCAAUCCGGGAGUGGUCUAUAUCUCCCAUAGUGAAACACCGAACGAAGUUAGAAAAAGAACGAAGGGUUACUCAACGUAACCCCGGUUCUUUGAUAACAGAGUGAGGUGUUUCACCACACGCCCCUUCUUGCAUUAGGCACGGAAAGAAACCGGUCUUGAAUGAUUUUGAGGGGCGGGUCGGCUGUGAUAGUAUGAAGGGGGCGGUGCCCCAGCACAGCUCGACCUGUCUGUCACUGACAGACGUGGUGCCAUUGGAGCUUCCCUGGUUGGUCAUGCCAAGGCGAUAUCCCAUAGUGAAACACCUCACUCUGUUAUCAAAGAACCGGGGUUACGUUGAGUAACC